UGGCAUGCUUUAUUCGUAUUAAUGAAGUAAGGCAAACACGGGAUAAAAGACAUAGAAUUUUCUACCCUCGGAAGGUUGACUUUUCUAUUCUUAUAAAUAUAAACAACAAAACCGUCGACACGUCAGGUAAGCAUAACAAAGUCGUUUAACUGAUUCUUUCACUAACCUCCGGCAGAAAAACGGCUUCUUUUCAUGAGGAUGUAAAGGAUAAAAGAGGGAACGAAAUUCUAGAAUACAAAACCUGACCGUGGGACCAGUGACGUGUAAUAGCUGCAUAAAGUGCACAUAUAUUGAUACACGUACAGUGCUACAGCGAUAUUCAUUAAUGAUUCGAUACUUCACUCAUCGGAGCAUGGUCAAUAUAGCAGUGGUUGGCGCAGGAGUGAUUGGCCUCACCUCGGCUGUUAACAUUCAAGCCAGGGUGCCAGGAGCGAAAAUCACCGUCAUCGCAGACCGCUUUGACCAACAGACCACCAGCAAUGGGGCCGCAGGUCUCUUCCGGCCGACAGCUGGGUCGGUCAAAGGGACAGAUCCUAAUGUUAUGCAGCAGUGGUGUGAAGAUGCAUGGGAAUUCUACGAGGAGACAGCGGGAGGUAAAGACGCUGGGAUUGCCGGGAUUCAAAUGACGUCGGGAUACCAGAUGUCACGGAAACCACUAGAGCCCCCUUUGUACAAAGACUACGUGUACCAUUUCCGGGACAUGACUGCAAGAGAACUCCGUUUGUUUGGAGAAGAUUACAUACAUGGUUUCUUCUGUACCACCGUUCUGAUCGAAUGUCGAUACUUCCUGCCAUGGUUAACAAAAAAAAUAGUGGACAAGGGAGGCUCAUUGGAACGAAGAACGAUCACAUCCUUGGGGGAGUUACCUGACAAAUAUGAUGUCGUUGUUAACUGCACAGGGCUAGGCUCUCGGUCACUGGUUAACGACCCCCACAUCGUCUCGGCUAGAGGGCAGUCUAUAAGGGUGGCAGCCCCAUGGAUUACCCACUUUGUGUAUGAUCUAGAUAAAGAAGCACAUAUAAUUCCUUGCCGAGAAAACGUAUUCCUAGGGGGAGUGAAACAAGUCGGUAAUUAUAGCCGUGAGCUUGACGUCAAGGAUUCGACCGAAGUGUUUGAGAAAUGCUGCAAGUUACAGCCUAGUUUACGGUCAGCCAAGGUGUUGUGGGAAUGGACAGGACUCCGACCUCAAAGAGAACCCCCAAGACUUGAAAAGGAAGAGCUUAUUCUGGAUGGGCGAACGAUAAAGGUAGUUCACAACUACGGACAGGGAUCUAGCGGAGUGUCGUUAAGUUGGGGGUGUGCCAAGCAUGCCGCAAAACUGGUUGAAGAGUGUCUGAAGUAGAAAGACGGCUUGCUCAACUCACACGACCUACAUGGAUUGUCGGAGGAUGACCGCAAAACUCGUCACAGCCGAGCCUUCGCUCAAGCUGCAUGGCCACAUAGAGCGGAAGUCACUUCAAUUUUUUUAAAUGCACUACGGCGUGAAAGCGAUAGCACAGGGUACGAUUUCCCUUUAAUGUGAACUAUAUGUAUGUUAACUGCAAUCAAAUCGUAAAAUAUUUUAUUGUACUCAACAUUCAAAUGAAAAAGGAUCUGAGAAAUAAAAUGCUUAGGCCCUAUCUACUGGCUGAUUAAACGCGUUGACGCUACCUGUACAUGGAAAAUGUACUUUUGAGGUUGAAAUUUGGUCAUGAACUGGCAGAUCUGAAAUCUAGUUGGGCCUGAGAUUUAUUUAUUUAUGAUAUAUGGUGAUUAUGUAGUGAAUUUAUCGUGAGCUACAGACUCAUGUGGACUCCGAUUGUUUUCUGCAGUUGCUCCCCUGCCAGAGAUUUUUGAAAAACAUUUUAUUUUUUUUGGAUCCUUAUAACGUGUUAGCUUUUUUCUGUCUCCCAAUCCAUUAAAAUUGUAGCCAUUAGUCUAGAAUAUACAGACUUGACAUUUAAUAUGGAAUAUUUCAGUUUCGAAGGUAUACCUAGGUAAAAAUAC